GCAGAGGCAACUGCCUUAGGGUGAUUGCAAUCAGUCCUGCCAGUCUGGGGUCCAAGCAGUCGCCGCUCUUCUUCUUGCCUUGGGCUGCAGGUCUGUUACGAAAAGAGACUGUUGGAAAGCCUGCUGGGACAUGUCAUCAUCGCUGGAUGCCUGGUGCUCAAGAGAAACUUGGCAGCACAAGAGCCCCUCUGAGCAAGUACAGGAUGUCACUGGGGAUCAGAGCCUCGACAGAUUCAGACUUCCUGUGGUUCUAAAUGCUCUGUCCUGUGAAGUGAUAUCUUGUCUCUCUGAUAAACUGGCGUUUUAUCUGACCACAACACAUCGUUGGCAUCCAAGGCCUAGACGACUGUCCCACCACACCAGGAAGCCUCUGACUGUUCUUUGAAAUGCUGAGAAACUUGUUUCGGAGGAGACUUUUUUCUUAUCCUACAAAAUACUACUUUAUGUUUCUUGUUCUCUCUCUAAUUACCUUCUCUGUUUUAAGAAUUCAUCAGAAGCCUGAGUUUGUUAGUGUCAGACACUUGGAUCUUGCUGGAGAUGAUCCCCAUAGCAAUGUUAACUGCACCAAAGUUUUACAGGGUGACCCAGAAGAAAUCCAGAAGGUGAAGCUUGAGAUACUAACAGUGCAAUUCAAGAAGCGCCCGAGGUGGACACCGAAUGACUAUAUAAACAUGACCCGUGACUGUGCCUCUUUCAUCAGGACACGCAAAUAUAUUAUGGAGCCCCUUACUAAAGAAGAAGUAGGCUUUCCAAUUGCAUAUUCCAUAGUGGUUCAUCAUAAGAUUGAAAUGCUUGACAGGCUCCUGAGGGCCAUCUAUAUGCCUCAGAAUUUCUACUGCAUUCACGUGGACAAAAAAGCAGAGGAAUCCUUUUUAGCCGCGGUGCUGGGCAUCACAUCCUGCUUUGAUAAUGUCUUUGUGGCCAGCCAGUUGGAGAGUGUUGUUUACGCAUCCUGGAGUCGGGUUAAGGCUGACCUCAACUGCAUGAAGGACCUGUAUAGAAUGAGUGCAAAUUGGAAGUACUUGAUCAAUCUUUGUGGUAUGGAUUUCCCUAUUAAAACCAACCUGGAAAUUGUCAGGAAGCUCAAGUCCUUCACAGGGGAAAACAGCCUGGAAACUGAGAAGAUGCCUCCAAACAAGGAAGAGAGAUGGAAAAAACAAUACGCCAUUGUUGAUGGGAAGCUGACAAACACUGGAGUAGUCAAAGCACAGCCUCCACUCAAAACCCCUCUCUUUUCAGGCAGUGCCUACUUCGUGGUCAGUAGGGAAUAUGUAGGCUAUGUGCUGGAAAAUGAAAAUAUUCAAAAGUUCAUGGAAUGGGCACAGGACACAUACAGCCCAGAUGAGUUCCUCUGGGCCACCAUCCAGAGGAUCCCCAAUGUCCCUGGUUCUCUCCCCUCAAGCCAUAAGUAUGACUUGUCUGACAUGAAUGCUGUCGCUAGGUUUGUCAAGUGGCAAUACUUCGAAGGCGACGUUUUCAAUGGCGCGCCUUACCCACCAUGCAGUGGAGUCCAUGUGCGCUCUGUGUGCGUUUUCGGAGCUGGUGACUUGAGCUGGAUGCUGCACAUGCAUCACUUUUUUGCCAAUAAGUUUGACAUGGAUGUCGACCCCUUUGCCAUCCAGUGUUUGGAUGAGCAUCUGAGGCAUAAAGCCCUGGAGACCUUAGAACAUUAAGCACUGUUUGGCUGUCCUGGGGAAGAUGAGGAUGUACAAACUGUACCCUCAUCUGUUUCCCUUCUCUCCUAUGGGGUCCUCCUUGGGGCAAUGACUUUAAAGUCUUCCUGUUGGGGAAGCUGCAUGAAUCCUACAGAAUAUAGUGACAAGAGAGAUUGAUACAUUAAGUGUUUUAGAGUAAAUGUGAGGACCAACUUAGGAUGGAUCGAGUUAAGGGAAGAUUUUAUGGACAGAGGGGGUCCUGGUGAUUGUGAAAGAGGCCAAUGAAAAACAUCAGCCUCAAGAACUAAUCAAAGAACCCAGGUACUUAAUCUAAAUGACAUUUGACUUGUGCCAAAAGUCUCUUGAAAUUUUUAAACACAAUAAUUUUCUUGACAUGAAUAAAUUUCUAGCAAAAACCAA